UCAAAACAGAUACGAAAGAAAGAAAGAAACAAAUCAAUCCUGUUUCUUGCUGGGUUUUAGCUCUUGGUUGUUGAAGCUUUAGCUACAGCUUUAUCAAUGGAAAGUACUGAAGUUUUCAUGGGUGGUGGUAGUUUCCGAAGAGGAGACUCUUCUAUAUGGAGAAGCAAUGCCAUGGAUAGUUUCUCGAGAUCUUCACGUGAAGAAGACGAUGAAGAGGCUUUGAAAUGGGCUGCACUUGAGAGACUACCUACUUAUGAUCGGUUAAAGAAAGGCAUAUUAACGACGUCGAAAGGUGAAGCCAGAGAGAUCGACGUUGAAAAUCUUGGAUUUCAAGAAAGGAGAAGUUUGGUCGAUAGGUUGGUGAAAGUCGCAGAAGAGGAUAAUGAGAAGUUCUUGUUGAAGCUCAGGAACCGCAUUGAUAGAGUUGGGAUUGAGCUUCCCACGAUUGAAGUCCGAUUCGAGCAUCUAAAAAUUGAAACAGAAGCUCAUGUGGGAAGCAGAGCUUUACCCACAUUCAUUAACUUCUCUGUAGACAUAGUAGAGGGUUUCUUGAAUAAUCUUCAUAUCCUUCCAAGUAGAAAGAAACGCCUUACUAUCCUUCAGGAUAUUAGUGGAAUCGUCAAACCAAGAAGAAUGACAUUACUUUUGGGUCCUCCAAGUUCUGGGAAGACCACUCUUUUGUUAGCUUUGGCUGGAAAACUUGAUCCUAAACUAAAGUUUUCUGGCAGAGUGAUUUACAAUGGUCAUGAGAUGAAUGAGUUUGUACCCCAGAGAACAGCUGCCUAUAUCAGCCAAUAUGAUACCCAUAUUGGAGAAAUGACUGUGAGGGAAACCUUGGCCUUUUCUGCAAGAUGCCAAGGAGUUGGACACCGAUAUGAGAUGUUAACAGAGUUAUUAAGAAGAGAGAAAGAGUCGAAGAUUAAGCCUGAUUCUGAUAUUGAUGUCUUCAUGAAGGCAAUAGCAACACAAGGUCAGGAAACAAGUGUUAUCACAGAUUAUGUUCUUAAGAUUUUACGACUAGAAGUCUGUGCAGAUAUUAGGGUGGGGAAUGAAAUGCUAAGGGGCGUGUCUGGGGGACAAAGAAAGCGUGUCACGACUGGUGAGAUGCUGGUGGGACCAGCAAAAGCAUUGUUCAUGGAUGAGAUAUCUACUGGCCUGGACAGUUCAACUACUUUCCAGAUUGUGAACUCGAUAAAGCAAUAUAUUCAAAUUCUUAAUGGAACAGCAGUCAUCUCUCUCCUUCAGCCAGCACCAGAGACUUACGAUCUCUUUGAUGACAUUAUUUUACUAUCUGAUGGCCAGAUUGUGUAUCAGGGUCCUCGUGAACAUGUACUUGAGUUUUUUGAAUUCAUGGGAUUCAAGUGUCCUGAAAGGAAAGGAGUGGCUGACUUCUUGCAAGAAGUAACAUCAAGGAAAGAUCAACAACAAUAUUGGGCUCGCAAAGAUGAGCCUUACAAUUUUGUCAGAAUCAAAGAAUUUGCAGAGGCAUUUCAGUCAUUUCAUGUGGGAAGACAUCUCCAAAAUGAUCUUUCUACACCAUUUGAUAAGGCCAAGAGCCAUCCAGCUGCUUUGACAACUAAAAGGUAUGGCGUUGGAAAAAUGGAGCUGCUUAAAGCUUGCUUCUCAAGAGAGAUCCUGCUCAUGAAGAGGAACUCAUUUGUCUAUACCUUUAAGCUCACCCAACUUGCAAUAAUGGCAUUGGUUGCCAUGACACUCUUCUUGCGGACCGAGAUGCACAGAGAUUCAGUGACCGAUGGAGGAGUUUACGUGGGUUCAUUAUUCUUCUCUGUGGCUUUUAACAUGUUCAAUGGUUUGUCAGAUAUUUCAAUGACUAUUGCAAAGCUUCCAGUGUUUUACAAGCAAAAAAACCUCCUAUUCUAUCCUGCAUGGGCGUAUUCUAUUCCCCCAUGGAUCACUAGAAUACCUUUAACACUUGCACAAGUUUCCAUUUGGGUGUUCCUCACCUAUUAUGUUAUUGGAUAUGAUCCCAAUGUUGGAAGGUUAUAUAGGCAGUACCUUCUGCUUGUUCUUGUUAGUCAGAUGGCUUCUGCUUUGUUCCGAUUUAUUGCUGCUGCAGGAAGGACCAUGAUUGUAGCAAAUACCUUUGGAUCAUUUGCACUUCUUGUACUCUUUGCAUUAGGCGGAUUUAUCUUGUCCCCAGAUGACAUAAAGAAAUGGUGGACAUGGGGUUAUUGGAUAUCACCAUUAAUGUACGGGCAGAAUGCUAUAGUGGUUAAUGAGUUCACUUCAAAGAGUUGGAGUCAAGUUCUUCCAAACUCUACAGAACCACUGGGAAUUCAAGUUUUGAAGUCCCGAGGAUUCUUCACAAAUGCAUAUUGGUAUUGGAUUGGAGUAGGGGCUUUGGUUGGAUUCACACUGCUAUUCAACCUUUGUUUCACCCUAGCUCUCACAUUCCUAGGCCCAUUGCGGAAGCCUCAAGCUGUUAUAUCUGAAGAAUCUCAAUGUAAUGAACCUGGAAUUGGUCGCAAAACAACCAAAGAGAGUGGGAGAGGCAGUUCAACUCUCUGGGCAGAGGCCAUAGAUAAUGAUAAACAUCAGAACAAAAGAGGAAUGGUUCUUCCAUUUGAACCACAUUCUAUCACCUUCGACGAGAUUAGGUAUUCUGUUGACAUGCCACAGGAAAUGAAAAAUCAGGGUGUGACUGAAGAUAAAUUGGAGCUUUUGAGGGGUGUCAGCGGUGCUUUCAGGCCAGGCAUUCUCACGGCUCUGAUGGGUGUUAGUGGUGCUGGUAAAACCACUUUGAUGGAUGUGCUGGCUGGAAGAAAAACUGGCGGAUACAUAAAGGGAAACAUCACAAUCUCUGGCUAUCCUAAGAAGCAAGAAACUUUCGCUAGAAUUUCAGGAUACUGCGAGCAAAAUGACAUUCAUUCUCCACAUGUUACUGUCUAUGAAUCUUUGCUAUGCUCAGCUUGGCUUCGCCUAUCUCAUGAAGUGAGCAGUGAAACCAGAAAGAUGUUCAUUGAGGAGGUCAUGCAGCUUAUGGAACUACAGCCAUUGAGGCAAGCAUUAGUUGGAUUGCCUGGAGUUAGUGGUCUGUCUACUGAGCAACGCAAGAGGUUAACUAUUGCAGUUGAGCUAGUGGCAAACCCUUCCAUAAUAUUCAUGGAUGAGCCAACUUCAGGGCUAGAUGCAAGAGCUGCUGCAAUUGUUAUGAGGACAGUUAGAAACACUGUAGACACUGGAAGAACAGUUGUGUGCACUAUCCAUCAGCCAAGCAUCGACAUAUUUGAAGCUUUUGAUGAGCUGUUCCUAAUGAAAAAAGGGGGACAAGAGAUAUAUGUGGGACCAUUGGGUCCUCAUUCCUGCCAUCUAAUAAAGUAUUUUGAGGGGAUUGAAGGAGUUCCCAAAAUCAAAGACGGUUGUAAUCCAGCAACUUGGAUGUUGGAAGUUACCAGUUCAGCUCAAGAAUCAGUUUUUGGAGUAGAUUUUACUGCCAUUUACGGAAAUUCAGAACUAUAUAGGAGAAACAAAGGACUGAUUGAACGUUUUAGUACACCUUCACCAGAAUCAACGGAACUGUACUUUCCUACACAGUACUCUCAAUCAUUUUUCACCCAAUGUAUGGCUUGCUUGUGUAAGCAACACUGGUCAUACUGGCGCAAUCCACCAUAUACUGCUGUGAGGUUGCUCUUCACAACCGUCAUAGCUUUGAUGUUCGGAACAAUGUUCUGGGAUCUAGGCUCCAAAAAGACGAAGCGUCAAGAUCUUUUCAAUGCAAUGGGAUCAAUGUAUGCUGCAAUCGUCUUCCUUGGAAUCCAAAAUGCUUCAUCUGUGCAACCAGUGGUUGCUGUUGAAAGAACUGUCUUUUACAGGGAGAGAGCUGCUGGAAUGUAUUCCCCCUUGCCCUAUGCUUUUGCUCAGGUCUUGAUUGAGCUUCCAUAUGUUUUCAUUCAAUCUGUCGUAUAUGGUCUUAUAGUCUAUGCAAUGAUUGGAUUUGAGUGGACUGCUGCUAAGUUCUUCUGGUACCUAUUCUUCAUGUACUUCACAUUAUUAUACUACACCUUCUAUGGAAUGAUGUCUGUGGCUGUGACACCGAAUCAACACAUAGCAUCCAUAGUUUCCUCUGCAUUCUAUUCGAUAUGGAAUCUGUUUUCAGGAUUUAUAAUCCCAAGACCAAGGAUUCCUGUGUGGUGGAGAUGGUAUGCUUGGGCAUGUCCAGUUGCAUACACAUUGUAUGGAUUAGUUUCGUCACAAUUCGGAGAUAUAAAACAUACACUUGAAUCAGGUGAAACAGUGGAAGAUUUUGUAAGAAGUUAUUUCGGUUUCAAACAUGAACUUCUAGGAGCAGUUGCAGUUGCAGUUUUUGGCUUUGCCACACUAUUUGCUUUUAUCUUUGCCAUUUCCAUCAAGUUCUUCAAUUACCAAAGGCGUUAAAUCUUUGAACUUCAAUUAAGUUCAACUCGGAAUUAAUGAGAAUUUUAACUUUUAGGAUUCUAAAAUA